AUGCGCAUCACAGCCGCCGCGGCGAUCGAGGCAGAGGUCCGGGACCGCUUGAAGAAGGAAGCGGAGGAGCGCCUGAAGAUCGCAGACUUCGACCAGGAAGCUCGCGCUGCGAAGCAUGUGGAUGGUCCACCCGCACCCGGCCCUCCGCCCUCUGGUGAUUUGGCGCAAGCGGCUUUGGCGAAGGCGGAGGAGUCACUGCCUGAGCUGGAGCGCCAGGCCAAGGAGAAGCUUUCGAAAGAGCUGAUGGACAAGUUGCGAUCUUCCAGCGGCUUCGAGGCGCAAGUGCGCGCCACCCUGGAGCAGGAGGUCCGGGAACGGCUGCAGGCCGCUGUGGAAGCGGACGUUGAGCGCUCCCUGUCGGCGGCCUGGGCCGCGCGGAAGGCGGAGCUGGAGGCGGAGCACGCGAAGAAGGAGCAGGAGCUCAGGGCGGAGCAGGCAAAGCGCUUGGAGCAGCUGAAGCCCACCGCGCCUCCUGGAGCCCCCGGGCCUCCCGGGCCGGGGCCGCCGGGGCCGGGGCCGCCGGGGCCGGGGCCGCCUGGGCCGCUGGGGCCGCCGCCGCCGGCGCCCAAAGCACCUGGCCCCGGCCUGGCCCCUCCUUGCCAGAAGUGCGCUGAGUUGCAGGAGGUGCGUGCCGGGAAGGUCGCUUCAGAGGCAGAGGUCCAGAAACUGCAGGCGAAGGUCCGCGAGCUCUCGGAGGCGCCGCCCGCUCCGGAGGCUCCAGCAGCAGAUGCGACGCAGCUGAAGUCUCUUGAAGAGAAGCUGGCCAAAGCGGAGGAGGCGGCACGAGAACAAGAACAGCUGCAAGCGGAGCUCCUGGAGCUGAAGGCUGCCGCGGACAAGGGCGCAAGCGGCAGCGGCACAAGUGGUGUAGAUGCCCAGGAGCUCGCGCGCCUGCGCGCGGAGUCCGCGGAGUUGAAGCUCUUGCGGCAGCGGCUGGUGACCUCCGAGCUCAGCGUCAAGGACGCUGAGCGUGAGAAAGAGGAGCUGCAGACGCAGCUUGAAGCUGCACGGGCGACAACCAAGGCUGAGGCCGCGAGCGCGAGCAAUCCCAGCGCCGGCGCAGAUCCGCAGGAGUCGCGUGAAGCGGAGUCCGCUGAGCUGAAGCUGCUGCGGGAGAGGCUGGUGAAGUCUGAGCUCAGCCUCAAGGACGCUGAGCGUGAGAACGAAGAGUUGCAGACACAGCUGGAAGCUGCAAAGUCGACCGUUAAGGCUGAGGGCGGCUGCGCCGAGAGCGCUGGCAUAGAUUCCCAGGAGCUGGCGCGCCUCCGCUCAGAGUCGGCGGAGCUGAAGUUCACCCGCGAGAAGCUGCAAAAAGCUGAAGCCAGCAUCAAGGAAGCCGAAAGUGGCAGAGACAAAAUCAAGACGGAGCUUGACAUGGCCAAGCGCGAGCUUGACCAGGCCAAGGCUAAGGAGGUUGCUGCCAAGGAGGCCAGCUCCAAGAGUGAGGCCUCGUUGAAGGAGGCCCUGGCUGCCAGGCUAGAAUCCCAACAGGAGUCGGCGAAGCUGAAGGCCUCCGGCGCCAGCUUCGCCUCGGAGAAGGCGGCGCUGGUGGCGCAGGUGGGCAGCCUGGAGGCUCAGCUGAAGGGCGCGAAGACGGAGGAUGGGGUGGCGUUGGCGCUGCGGAAGCAGGUGGCGCAGCUGGAAGAGGAGUUGGCCAAGCUCCGGCUGCUCUCCGCGCAGCAGGCGGAGGGCGCCGUGAAGCUCGCGGCCGCGGAGGCCCGCGCCUCCGAGGCGGAACGGACACGGGCAACCUUGGAGAAGCAGCUGUCUUCCAGCUCCUCAGAGGUCAGCAAUUUGUCCGUCCGCUUAAAGGAGGCGCAGUUGGCGGAGUGCGAGCUGCAGCGCCUGAAGCCGCGCCUGCAGGACGCCGAGCAGCAGGUGUCUCACUUCCAGAAGGAGAUCGCCAAGAGGGAUGGUGAGGCUGCACAAGCGGCUGGCUCGGAGCGAGCCCGCGAGAAAAUGGUUCAGCAGCUGAAAGACGAAGUCGCCAGCCUCGAAGCCUCGCUGAAGCGCCUGAAGUCGGAGAACUCGGUCCUGGAGGCCGACCGGGCGGACGCCGCGCGGCUCAAACGGGAGGUGGCCAUCCUGCAGCAGGGCGACAGCGAGGAUGCCCUGCGUGCCGAGCUCCGGGGGCUGCGGGCGGAGGCCAAGGAGAAGGACCUGCUGCAGAUCCGUUCGACUGAGCUGAAUGCCCAGCUGGCACACCAGCGGGCGGCGCAGUCCUUGCUGGAAACCUCCGCCCAAGAGGCCAAGGAGCAGGUGAAGGGCCUUCGGGGUGAGCUGCAAGAGCAGCGCGCCACGGCGGCGGAGGAUGCCCGGCGCCUGCGCUCGGAGCUCUGGGAGGAGCGCUCCGCGGCGGCCGCCGCGGCGGUGGCCUCGGCAGGGGAGUUGGCGUCGCUGCGGGCAUCUCAAGACUGGCCCGGCGCCUCCUCCCCGCGGCAAGAGGCGCAGCGGCAGGAGGAGGUCCGGGCGCUGCAAAAAGAGCUGCGAGUACAGAAGGAGGCCCAGGAGACUCAGCUCCGCGGCCUCCUCUCAGAGGCGCAGGCGGCUCAGGCGCAGCUCAGCGAGGCGAAGGUGGAGGAGGAGUUGGCGCUGCGCCGCGCCAGGGAGGAGACCCGCCAGGCGCGGGAGCGGCUCUGCGGCACCGAGGCGGCGCUGGCGGGCCACGAGGAGCGGCAGCGGCGGCAAGGGGCAGAGCUGGACCAAGAGCGACAGGACGGGGAUCAGCGAGUGCAGCGCGUGAGGCAGGAGCUCAGGCGCCUCGAGCAAGAGGCGGACGAGGCCGCCCUGCGCGCGCGCCUGGAGCUGCGGAGGAAGGAUGAGCAGGUGGCAGAGCUGGAAAAGGACCUACGCAGCGCGCAGCGGCAGCUUGCUGCUAAGGAUGCGGAGCUUGUGGACACACGGCACUUGCAAGAGGCCAAAGUGCGGUCGAUGGAGAACCAGAUGGCGGCUUUGCAACGUGAGGAGGCGGAGCAAGCGACUCUGCGCGCCACCAAGUUGGCAGCACUGGAGGAGAAGGAGGGCCUGCGAAACACGGAGCGCCUGUUGCGGCAGAAGGAAGCCGAGCUGGAAGGCACCCGCGAGAUGUUGCGAGGAGGCACCUGGCCGAGCACUCGGCCCAAAGAGGAGCUGCCCCUUGACAAGGCUGCGUCAUCACCCAGUCGGUGCGUUGACUUCUCCCCAGACGUCUCGCCCGAGGCAGAGGAGCCAGGCAUGCAGGCUUCCUUCAAAGUCACGGACCCGGCGGUGGACGCAGAGAUUGAGCAGAUGCUGGUGGCGACCCUUAAGCCGCAGGCUUGGCCGGAGGCGCAGCCGAUGCUGACCACCCAGGCGGAGACCACUCGCGCCGGAAAGGACGAGGACAAAGGCCUCCUGGAACUCGCGCAGAAGCGGCGGCGCCAGCUGAAGAAGCAGCGGGCGGCGCUGCUGGUUGACCUCGAACGUUGGCGCCUGGACGCGUCCAAGGCGGAAGGGCCAAAGAGCCGGCAAGCGCUGGUGGAGGUGAAGCACGUGCUGGACCAGCAGCUGAACUACGUCAUGGAGGGCCUCCGCGAGAGCAAAGUGGUGGAGCGCACGCUUUUGGGCCUUCACGAGGAUGCAGAUGCGGCUGGCGCUAGGGGCUAUCCUGGCAGGGAUGCCUUGGAUGAGGCCUUGGCCAAUGACCCGAUGCCCAGGGCGGAAGUUGCCGCGCGCCUUUUAGACCGCUGGCGGGGAACAGGCCGGAACGGUUCCAUGUCCGCGCGAUCGUCCACGAGGUCCGCUUCCUAUGCUUUGCGUGCACCUCUGACGGCUCGAAGCAGGCACGAAUCCUGGCUGAGGGACGUGCUAUAG